AUGUCUGCCAAGUUACACAAGCUGACUGAUAAAACAGCCAGGGGUAAUCCUUACACUUCUCAUAAGGUGAGGGGUAAGAUUCCGGCUGACAAGGUCUAUGCAGCUAUGGAUGCUUCUAAAACCCAGCCGCAGUUGAAAAAUUCAGCACCUUUAGCAACCUCUAAAAGUGGCCCAAAAGCUUCUGCUUCUCAUGUGAACGUUUUCGUGCCAAUACCUGAACUGGGAAUUUACACCCCAGAUCAACAUGUGUUGCAGAACGGAACAUUUGCCCAGCACUGUCAUAACAACAGGGAUGCCCCCAACAGAAUGAAUGGUGCAGGAAAUUUACAUCCGGGGGGCAAAAACAGUAGCAAUAUUAGCUCUAUCACUUCUUGCGAUGAAACUGCUGCAAGUAGUUAUCAGAAGAGAGGUGGUGGGCUGCACAGAUUUGAUAGUCAGGCCAGCAGAAAUAAAAAUGAUCCUAAUGUUGGUGUUUUCCAUGUGCCUAAUUCUCGGCAGCAUAAUCACAGCAUCGUCAGUCAGCAGGAAGUUCACAGUGUCGGCAGAAAACCUGCCAGAAAUGAAAUAUUUACCAAAAAUAUUCGCAGGGUAAGCAAUUCUGUUCGGACAAAUAAAAAUGUAGACAACAUUAAAAAAGACAAAAUGGACCCAAGUUCCAGAUCCCACUCACUUAGUGACCUCUCAACUGGCCUCACUUUGUCUUUGAUUGGUCAGAAGAAGUAUGACAGUGUGGUGAGUGUUAAUUCUCAUUUAAGAUCGGCACCCAAUUCUGGCAGCAGUAGAAGACAGGCCACAAUUGCAGCAUCAUCUUUACAGGACAUCGAGGGCAGAUUCAAGGGGACUACCUUGAGUUGCCAGAGCAGUGUCACCUCUCUGUCUUCUUUGUACAGUAAUUCCAGACUUCAAAUUGACCAGGGUAAAGAUUUGUGCAAUCAGUACUCUAGUACUUCAAAUAUAAAUGGGCAUCAAGUGAUUCAUCAGACAAAACAAAAUACUUUAUUUGAACAACCUUAUCAACAAAAGAAUCAAAACCAGCAGUUUGAAUAUCUUCAGCACAAGCCACAGUUGGAAAAGGAUUAUCCUGUAGCUGAAGAAAAGUCCCUGGUGGAGCAGCAAAUACCAUUUCCAAGGUCAAGGAAAGAUUCCGAAGAUACAGUCUCCAGUUACAGAAGUGCCCUUUCUGAUACAAGACCAUUUCAGGAUCAUGACACAAAGUAUAACAACAGAACAAAUGAGUCAGCACAUACUCCGGACACUAGCAGAGUGACCAGUAGGAAUGUCGACCCAUUUAGCUCUAUUUAUAAUACCGCCAGCUGUUUGAAGGAUAAUGCUGCUACUGAUAAAGCUCAUUCAGCAGUGAUCCCUUCACACCAAUUAGGCCACCAAAACAGAGAACAAGCUGUAGUAAAACCCAGGAGAAGCCUUCCAAAUGUGCCUUUAAAUGAGGCUUCAGAAAGGAUAAAGAGAUUUACAGAAAUGAUGAAAUCUCGAAUGUCGGCAAACAGUGCAAAUAAAAGCCGCUCCGCUGAUAGUCGGGGUUCAGACUAUGCACCUUCUAGAAUGUCUUCCACAGGAAGUACCUGCUCCCAGACUGGACCAUCCACACAAACACCUUCAGAACCAUCAGACGGUGAUGUCUUUGUUGAUGAUAGUAGAAGUCAGUAUCAGAGUAUGCCUGUCCUUUAUCAACAAAAUAGCUUCAUGACAAUCCAUGAAGUCUCUAGACCUCAGGAUAUUUCCAAGGAAGGCAUGCGUUCACCUCGAAAAUCUUCUGGCUAUAAUAGUGGAAGUGAUUCUGGUGCUAAACAUGCUGAUAUGUCUGUGAAUAGAAGAAACAGCAUUAAAGAGGAAGUCCAUUUCCAGAACCAUGAUCACAGAAUGAAUAACAGUGGUAAUCAGAACAAUAGUCAUAAUCUUAUUCACAGAAACCUCAGCCAAAAUGCGUGGCAUGGUCAAUAUCAGAACAUGUUGUCAUUUAGGGAUGUACAACCUGCCCCAGCCUCAGAUCAGAGCCUAGAUUCUGGGCGGACAACAGAAACAAACAACAGCUACAAUGGUAGCAUUCUAGAUUCAGGGUACACAACCAAUAAUGAUGGGGAAAAUGAUUCCUGCAGGAGCCACCCACCUCGUCUUGAUCAUUAUUCUCAUAGAGCCCCAAAGGAAGACUCGCAGCAUGUGAAUCAGGAUCUUGAGACUGGCCGGAACCAAUCAAGGACAGAUGAAAUGCCACAAUGUAAUCACCACCACUCACAUAAAUACUUUGUUAACCUGGUUAAUACCCAUAAUUUUGGUAGUGUUCAAAAUAUCUACCAGAAAUCUCAGGCAAUCGCCAAGGAUUUCAAUCUAGUACAGUGCACUCAGGUUAUAGCUAAUGAUAAACAUCAUCAGCAUGUGGCAUCACAGAACCCUGCUUGUUAUUACAAUAAAAUAGACAAUGCAAACAUAACAGGUAACAUCAAGAAUGGAAUCAAUCAAGCAGUGUCUGCCAGAAACAUGCCACCUGUGAACCAACUUCAGCUACAAGACAUGCAGCUGUCAGCUAACAGACGAAGCUGGGACUGUGCCAAUGAUGCUCUUAGCAACUUCAGUGAUGGUUUUACUUCCAACCAGAUAAAAAGAUAUGAAAGGGCUGAUGAACGUUACAGGUCUUCAGAUGUUCUACCUGUUUCAAGGGGAUUUGUUGGCAGGAGUUUUCUAGAUAAUCAUCAUAUUGACAGGAUUAAUCGGCAGUUGAAAACUUCCCAACAGCCCAAAACUUCAUCUGAUAAUUCCAUGUCUGACAGUGAAAUUGCUCAGCUGAAUGAUGGCAAGGAGUUUACACCUGUAGUGUCACCUGCAAGGGAAGUGUUUAAUCAUCACCCCAGUGAUCAUGAACACCCACAGAAAACUAUGUGUGCUGGCACUGAACAACUUAACGGCUAUCAUAUGUCUGCAGGUGAAGACUAUCACAAGAAUCAUUACUACCAGCUAAGCAACGGAAAUCACCAGCAGCAUGGUGAAGUCAAGCCACAACAGGUCCCAGUUUCAAAAAUUAGUAGAUUAGCACAGGGGUACACCCAUCCUGGAGGAUUUGGCAACGAUGAGCCUAAUGGCAGUUUCCAUCACUUUUCUUCAGUGGGUCAGGAGAUGUCCUUGUUUCAUAUAACACAGAAAUAUGAUCUUGCACCAGUCAUGAUCAACCUGCCCAAUAAUGUGCUGCUAAAUGACAUGAUACAACUCAGUGAGGUCUCUGUAGAAAUGUCCUUGGUUGGAGUGUCUUCUUUACCAAACAGCCUUCACGGCAGGGCACUUCAAAUUGGCACUCCAGGGUCAGCUUUCACUCCCGUAAAGAACUCUGUGGAUCGUGAUAAACCUCUGAGGGCAGAAUUGAAAGUCCUCUGCUUCUCUAGUGUGUGGGAAGACAUUCACAGCUACACUACUUUGGGAAGGGUGCUGAAAGGAGACAUUGUCCUUGAGGUCAAUGGUUGGUUCUGCCUUGGAGCUGAUGUUGCCUACGUGAGGACCUUGAUUGAGAACUGCAAGGAGACGAUAACGUUAACUGUUGCAAGGCUGAAGGAAACUGAUGACGUCAGGUUCAAGGGCCAGACGGCAGUUGAACGAAUCAAGGGACUGGAAUCAGAAAUUUCACGGCUGGACGAUUUGAUCCAGGCACGAGACGAAAGAAUCAAAAGUCUGACUGUUGCUGUGGAAACAACAAAUUUGAGGCAGCAUACUGGAACACUCAGUGAAAUCAACGGGAAGAUUCCUUUAGAAGGCAUGAUCAUUGGGGGUGAUGAGUACGUGGUGUGA